AUGGUCACGAUCACCGCAGAUGGCACUUCCACGGCGGCAAAGCCAGCCUUGAACAUUCCCCGGUCAUCGACAUCACUUACGGUCAAAGUCAUCGAUGUGGCGAACAUCUCCAAUGUCCCGGCAAGCGCACUCUUCACGCCUCCAGUGCCAGGUUACACAAUCGCGGCGCCUGCUCCAUCGUUUGUCUUUCUCCUAGAACAUCCGUCGGGUCAGAAAGUUUUGUUUGAUCUUGGCAUUCGCAAAGACUGGGAAAACCUCUCCCCGGCCACUGUCGAGCGGUUCAAGAAAUUGGGCCACAAGCCGAGCGCGGAGAAAAACAUCUCAGAAGUUUUGGAUGAAGCUGGCGUGGGCAAACAGAGUAUUAACGCUGUCAUUUGGAGGCGAGUUUGA